CCCCCCCCCCCCCCCCCCCCAAACACUCAAGGUUCAGCUUUGAGGUUCAACAAUCAACAUGGCUAUGAAACUUCAUCUCUUCCUUCUUGCUUCUUUUCUUCUGGUUUCUACUUCUGCUGCAUUCGCCACCUCCCCUGCCCCAAAAAACUCACCACCACCACCACCAGUGUCAACGUCGCCUCCUCCACCGGUGACUAAACCUCCCACCCCUGCACCACCAGUUGCUAAACCCCCCACGGCUACACCACCAGUUGCAAAACCACCCACCACCCCUACACCACCAAUUGUUAAACCACCAACCCCAACACCACCAGUUGCUAAGCCACCCACCACCGCCCCACCGGUCGCCAAGCCACCCACCGCCGCCCCACCAACCCCACCAAGAAACACCAAAGAAUGUUACCCACCAUGUUUGGUGAGGUGCAAGAAUCAUUCAAGACAGAAUGUGUGCCUGAGAGCUUGUGUGACAUGCUGUGAUCGGUGCAAAUGUGUUCCGCCGGGUCAGUCCGGCAACAAAGAGGUUUGCGGCACCUGCUACACCAAUAUGAAAACUCACGGCGGCAGACCAAAGUGCCCUUGAAAUUGCUGCGAUUGUGUUGUUGUGAAGGUUGAAGUUUGUAGGAAUAAAAUGAGUGUGUGUUGUAAGUCGAAGUGUUUAAGAGGAUUAGGGUUUCUAUGGGCUGUUAAUGGUGAAUUGGGUCAAUGUUGACUCUCGUAAUAGUAGUGAGGUUUGCUUCUAGCUAGUAGCUUGCAUCGAUAAUUGUCAUGUCUUUUGAGAUAUAAAAUGUAAAAUCCAUUGAGAGGAUAUAUAGUUAAAUACUAAAGGACCCUCUCAAAACUUUUGUUUUAGUUUUUGUUUAGGUAUUUAAAAAUAAGGGGCG